CAAUUACAUGCAACUACCACAACGACUACCACGACAACCACAACUACAACUACUACCACCACAACUACUACUACAUCAACAACCACAACAACCACAACAACCACAACCCCCCUGCCUCCUGGUGUGGGAAUAAAAUGCUAUGGAUGUAGUGGUACGGAUGGGGUCUGCACUAACUCAACAGAUGAAGGAAGUAUUCUGUCCUGUUGGGCUAAUCAAACUAUCUGUACAACAGCUAAACUCACGGAAACAUCAAAUCCAACCAAUGAAAUAUAUGCCAGGGGCUGUGGGACCCCUGGGGAUUAUUAUCCAGGGACAAACUGCGAGGAUUUUGUAACUGCUGAUGCUAAAGGAUAUUAUUGUACCUGUAAUACAAGUUUCUGCAAUGAUGUUCCAGGCAGCAACUCUUUGUUUUCACGGGCUGAAGCAGGAAUCACAGGGUCUGGUCAGCACUGCCAUGUGUGUAGCGGAGAGGAUUCCCUUUGUAGUAACAGUACAGAUGGUGGAACAGUAACAGACUGUGGUGAUGGUGUCACUACCUGCCUCCUUGGCAAAUCAAAUGAUGGAGUGAAUAUAGCCAGAGGCUGUGGUUUAAAGGGAAAUCUGGCACAAUUAGGCUGCAACAUUGGAGAUACAUUUACCGUUUGCAUAUGCGAAACCAAUUUAUGUAAUUCUCCCAACAAUACAAAUUAUCUUUUCGGCCUUGCAACAACCACAACAACCUCAACCACAACUACAACCACAACACAAGCAAUAAAGCCUGGAGAAACUACUAGUACCCCUGCCCCAGUACCCCAGGGUAUAAGAAGUACAGCCACCUCUUAUUCAAAUAUAUCAACAUCAGAGACAUCUACAACAACUUUUAUUCCUGCAACUACAAAUAUUAACUCAGUUGACCUGGCUGCCCUGGUUCUACUGAUUCAGCAGAAUACACCAACAACAUCAUCACCAGUUGUAUCAGGUGCUAAUAACUCUACCAAUGGAACAUCAACUAAUGGGACAUUAACUAAUGAUACCACUGCUGCUCCCCCUCCUCCUGCUCCUACAGUAGAUCUAGCCUCCCUCAUCUCUAGUAUCCCUGGUCUGGAGAGCUUGAGUAUUGUUGGCAAGUGUGCUUACCUGUCUGAUGGUACAAAGGUGGAUCUAACAACUGCCGGGGUUACAGCAUACUCACAAUCCUCACAAGUUGGUACUGGUAGCAGUAUUGCCAGUAUUGAUGAUUGCUCAGCGGACAACAACAGCGACAGAAUGGUUCCCUAUCAUUUAAUUGUCUUAUUUUUCUUCAAUUUAACUUUAUUUAGAAACAGAUUUAUCUAAAAAGAUGUAUAUAUUUUGAUAUUUUUGACAUGAUGUGGAUAAUACACAUCACAAAAUAUUUUUGUAAUCCUGGACCAAUAAUGUUGAGUUACAAUCAAUACUAUAUAAUCAAACUUUGCUGUGAUAAAAGAGCGUUAAAUUGGCAAAAUUGUGAUAGAAUUAGUAAUUUAGAGAAAAUAUACAUACAUUUGAUGA